UCAUAAGUCAUAACCUUCCACCACUCCUUCUCCCUCCGUCAAAAGCCUCCGUCUCCGCCGCAACUCCAUCACCACCUUUAGCGUCUCGUACGACAACACGGCAAGGUCAUCGGCCACAUCGAAGCCAUAACCUCUCUCCAAAGGCAUUUAUUAGGGUACGUACGACAUAUUAUGACGACCCAAAGAGUGUGCGAGUCUCCACUUGGUGUUGUUGACUUCUCCGAUGAGAACAUGAAGCCGGGUGGCGAUGCAUGGCUUGAAGCCUGUAAAGUGGUGCGGAGAGGAUUUGAGGAGCAUGGUUGUUUCCUAGCACGCUACGACAAGGUUGGUCCACACCUUCUCAACUCAGUUUACUAUGCAAUGGAACAACUCUUUGGUCUUCCCUUGGAAACAAAAAGGAAAAAAACAAGUGAUAAACCAAACCAUGGCUACACUGGGCAAGUACCUGCAUCUCCCUUAUUUGAAUCUUUUGCCAUUGACAAUCCUUCCAGUAUUGAAGACUGUCAAAAGUUCACACACGUUAUGUGGCCAGAAGGAAAUCAUCGUUUGUGUGAAAGUGUCAACGAGUAUGCAAAGUUGUUAAAAGAACUAGACCAAACCGUGAAGAAAAUGGUGUUUGAUAGCUAUGACUUGGACAAGCUGAAAUGCGAGUCAUUCCUCGAAUCAACCAAUUAUGCUUUUCGAAGCUACAAAUACAAGAUACCUGAGAUGGAUGAGAGCAACGUGGGAGUGAAUUCUCAUACAGACUCAACCUUCAUAACCAUAUUGCAUCAGAGGGUAGAUGGCUUGGAAGUUAAACUAAAAGAUGGAGAAUGGUUUGGUGUUGAUGCCUCACCUUUGUUUUGUGUCAUGGCUGGUGAUGCCUUUAUGGUAUGGAGUAGUGAAAGGAUACGUGCUUGUGAACAUCGUGUUAUCUUGAAAUCGAAGGUAAUGAGGUACUCCUUGGGAUUACUAUCAUACAGUACAAAAAAGGUGCAGACAUUAGAGGAUCUAGUCGACGAGGAGCAUCCUAUACGCUAUAAGCCAUUUGACCAUUAUGCAUACGUUGGUUUCCGUUUCACAGAAGAAGCCGUAAAAUGUACAAGUCGAAUCAAGGCAUUUUGUGGAAUUUAAUUUGAGACAGCCUAUGUUUCAUAUGAAGGAACUGAAGACAAUUUCAUAUGCACCUCUAUAAUAAGAAAAGAAUAAUUGGCAUGUGUCUGAAGUUGAUUGUUAUA